CUGCGGUCAUGGACAACGCGGAAGGGUUCACGUACGAUCCCAGCACGUCGCCGCCUCCGUUCGGCCAUGCCAUGCGCAAGUACUGGGGCUUCGACGAGAAGUACGUCAAUGUCAACAACGGGUCGUACGGCUCGCUACCUCUGCCCGUGCUUACAGAGUGCCACAAGCUGUCUCUGCUCGCGGAGAGCAACCCGGACAAGUUCCACCGGGCGAUAUGCAUACCCAUGCUGGAGAAGGCGCGAGCGCAGGUGGCGGACCUCAUCGGGGCAGACCGCGACGAGAUCGUCUUCGUUCCCAACACGACGCACGGCCUCAAUACCAUCCUGCGCAACAUCGAAUGGCGCGAGGGCGACGUCAUUCUCGACACGACGAUCACCUACGGCGGCAUCGCGCGCACCGUGCAGUACGUCUCCGACCGCUCCGAGGGCCCGCACCCCACGGUGCACACGCUCACGCUCACGUUCCCGAUGACGCACGCCGCGAUCGUCGCCGCGUUCCGCGCCGAGGUACGCGCGCUCAAGGCUGCAGCGGCGCGCGCGGGCACGCCAUUCGACAUCCGCGCGGGCGACACGUGCCUCGACGGCCGGCACAACCGGCUCGUCGUGGUGCUCGACGCGAUCGCGUCGAACCCGGGCGUCGCGCUGCCCUGGCGUGCGCUCGUGCACGUGUGCGCCGAGGAGGGCGUGUGGAGCGUCGUCGACGCCGCGCACAGCCUCGGCCAGGAGCUCGGCGUCGACCUCCGCGCGGCGCGGCCCGACUUCUGGGUGUCGAACUGCCACAAGUGGUUGUACGCCAAGCGCGGGUGUGCGGCGCUGUAUGCGCCCAAGAGGAACCAGCAUGUCAUCAAGUCGUCCAUCCCCACGUCGCAUGACUAUCCUGGUGCAGACCGCAUCCGUGAGACUGGCGACGUACAGUUCGUACUGCAGCACGAGUGGACGGGAACCGCGGACUUUGUUCCAUACCUUAGCGUUCCGCACGCUCUUGCAUUCCGCCGGUGGCUUGGAGGCGAAGAGAAGAUCAACGCGUACUGCCACAAGCUCGCCUUUGAGGGCGGAAAACGCCUUGCCGAGAUCCUCGGGACAAGAGUCAUGGACGAGACAGGCGAGGCUACGCUCUGCAUGACGAACGUCCAGCUCCCGCUCCCUGUCGAAGAGACUGGCCCGAACACCAGCGCUAUUUUCACACCGGAGAUCAAGGCGAAAAUAUUGAAACUUUGCCAGGAGCGAUUCUUCAAGACGUACAACACGUACCCCGGGACAUACUAUCAUGGUGGUGCAGCGUGGUGUCGGAUUUCGGUACAGGUGUGGACGGAAAUAUCCGACUUUGAGUACGUUGGAAUGGUGUUGAACGAGCUGUGCAAGGAGAUUUGCGAGACAAUCUUGAACCGGGACGCAAGGGGUCCUGCAGUUGGCAUAGAUGUGCAGCAAAAACUCUAAAGUAUGGUUGUUAUCGUGUACAACAGCAAGGAGAAAUGUAUUGAGUGUAGAUCUAGAAUCUCUAAACCACAAAAGC